AUGAUAGCUCACCCUGUGAUAGAGGUGGAAUCCUCUGAUGAUGAUUGUGAUACUGUGAUGCCUUCUGUUAUCCCUCCUUCUCUUGGUGGUGUUAAAAGUGCUACUGCUAAGCAGUAUAGUCCAGAUGAUAUGAUGCCUCCUGGUUCUAUCCCCCUCCUCCCUCCCUCUGUCAAUGAGGAUGUUAUCAAGUCCCCAGUUCCUUUAAGGGUCAUUUAUCCUACUGAACUGUUAGAAUGUGGCUUUAUUUCUGAUGUUGAUGGAUUUCUGGAUGAUGAAAAUGCUUUAUAUGAUGAGGAAGGUGUUCUUUCUGGCCUUGUUGAUGACACUUAUGUCCUGGAAGAAAAUGUUCAUGAUGAGGUUAUGGGAGGCUAUGUCUCUCAACAAGAGUGCUCUUUUCACUCUCUCCAUUCUGAGACCUCAAUCAUUAAACAGAUUGAGGGGAUGGGAGUUGAAGGGGCUAGUAUCAAGGAGAAUAUAUCUGACUCUAGCUAUCUAAGAGAAGGAAGAUGGAUUCAGAUGAAGAACUCUUCUCGGAAGUAUAGUGUAUUGAGUUGCCUUUUACUGGGCAAGUUUUCACUUGGAAAAAGAAAAGGUGUGGUCCUGGUUAGACUGUUAGAGUUCCAAGAAUUAUAUUGGAAGUCAAAAGCAAAAUCUAAUCACCUAAAGCUUAGUGAUUCAAAUACUAAGUAUUAUCAUGCGUGUGCGUCUAUUAGAAGAAAUCGCAAUUUUAUCUCUUCCAUUGAGGAUGAUUGUGGUGUUUCCUUAUCAAAUCCUAAGCAAGUCGAAGAAUGUUUUACUAAUACGUUUGUGCAACGAUUUACGUCUAAUCAAGGGUGCCAUUUUGAUGAAAAUAUAGAAUUCUGUCUUUUGAACCCAAUCAUCACUGAUGAGGAUAAUUCGCGUCUUUGUUCCGAGGUUAGUGUUGAGGAAGUAAAAGAUGCCGUCUUUGAUUUAGCUCCUGAUAAAGCCCCGGGCCCAGAUGGUUUUCCGCCAUAUUUUUUUCAAAAGUACUGGUCUCUAGUAGGCAAUUCAGUCUGUAAUGCAGUGAGAGCUUUCUUCUUUUCUGGGAUUCUAUUAAAAGAAAUCAAUCAUACAUUUGUUACUCUAAUCCCUAAAGUGGAAGCUCCUUCUAAUCCUAACCAGUUCCGUCCUAUAAGUCUAUGUUCCACAAUUUACAAAGUUAUUGCUAAGAUUAUGGCUUCCAGAUUGAAAAAUGUACUAGGGAAAAAUAUACAUCCUUUGCAGGGUGCUUUUGUCCCUGAAAGACUCAUUCAAGAUAAUGUUUUACUAGCUCAUGAAGUGUUUCAUUCUUUCAAAAAGAAAUCGGGGAAUCAAGGAUGGUUAACUAUUAAGUUAGACAUGGAAAAAGCCUAUGAUCGUCUAGAAUGGAGUUUUAUUUUUGCAGUUUUUAAGAAAUUAGGGUUUUGUGACCGUUGGGUUGGCUGGAUGAAGACAUGUAUUUCUACAGUUUCGUUCUAUGUCCUUGUUAAUGGUAUCCCUGAGGAUGUGUUCAUUCUAUCUAGGGGGAUUCGUCAGGGGGAUCCGCUAUCUCCGUAUAUUUUUAUUCUUUGUGCAGGAUUCCUUGCUAGGCAACUACAUUCAGCUAGCACCGAGGGAUCUAAGUUAGUAGGUGUUUCCUUGGGUCACUCUCGUGUCAAAAUUCCGUUUCUAACGUUUGCGGAUGAUACUAUGAUUUUUGCCAAAGCGUCUAUAAAUAGUUGUCAUGAAAUAAGGGGAAUUCUGGACAAUUAUUGUAGGAUGUCUGGCCAAUUAGUUAAUUAUAAUAAGUCAGCGUAUCAAUGUUCUCCCAAUACUGACCCUAAUCUCACAGCCUCUUUUGCUUCUAUUCUCCUCAUGGGAGAAGCUCGUUCUCUUGGCAAAUACUUGGGAUGCCCAAUUAUUGAUAGUAAAGUUACUAAUAAUACUUUUGGGGAUAUCCAGGAAAAGGUCCAAAAGCAGCUCACUAAAUGGAAAGCCAAUUCGCUGUCUCAAGCUGGCCGUACGAUCCUUAUACAAUCUAACCUAGCAACUAAGGCAAACUAUCAGAUGCAAUGUUUUUUAUUGCCUUCGCAUAUAGUGGAGUCUCUGGAUAAAGGUUAUCGUAAUUUUUUCUGGAAUAAACUGUCAGUUUCUAAAUCUCCUAAUAUUAUUGGUUGGGAUAGGAUCUGUAAACCAAAGAAAAAUGGGGGACUAAGGUUGAGAAAGGCCAAAGUAAUGAAUAUGGCCCUUCAAUUUAAAUUACUUUGGAAAAUUUUGGUAUGCCCCGGUAAUUUGUGGGUUAACCUGGUUGCGAAAAAAUAUCUGAAAGAUACUGGCUUAUUUGAUUAUAGAGUGGUAGCUAAUGUUUUAUGGCAAUGGCGAAAGCUUAUGUCAUUAAGGAAAAUUUUUAAGAAAGGUCUCCGAUGGGUGGUGGGGAGGGGGAAUAAGAUUUCUUUCUGGUAUGACAAUUGGGUGUUUCAGUAUCCAAUCUGUUCAGUUUGCCCGGUUUAUAGGGAUUCAGAGUCUCUGGUUGUUGCGCAUUUUGUCACUCAGGAUUUCCAGUGGGAUGGUCCUAGGCUGAGGGAGUUGGUCUCGGCUGAGGUGUGUAAUGCGAUAAGUAGCAUUUUUAUCCCUAGACAUUCUCUGGAGGAUAAUCUUAUUUGGGCCCUAUCGCCUGAUGGGUGCUAUUCAGUCAAAUCGGGUGUGGAUCUUCUCCAGGGUUCAGGGCCUGAUUUUGUUUCUUCUCCUAGUGUUUCUUUCGUGUGGAUUUGGAACCUCCAGGUUCCGCCUAAGAUUAAGUUCUUUCUUUGGAAGAUUUGUACUCGGUUUGGGUGGCCUUUCAUUCCUUUGAUGCUGGCGGGUCUUUCUUUCAUCGAUUGGCUUAACUCUUUGAUUAAAGUCCUGUCGUUGGAUGAGAUUGCUAAGAUUUCUAUAGCUUGGUGGUUUAUUUGGUAUGCUAGGAAUGGUAUCUCCUUUAGGAAUGAUUCUUUCUCUACUACUAGUAUUUGUUGGAUGAUUAAAAAUUUUGUGGAUCGGCUUGCGGAUGACCCUUUAGUGGUUGACCCUUCGGAGCUGAAUAAAGGGCUGACUCGUAGGUCUCCUAAGCUUCCAAGAAAGAAUAUCAGUUGGAUUGCCCCCCCGACGGGUUUUUGUAAACUUAAUUUUGAUGGGUCGAAGUUAAAUGAUGGUUCGGCUGCUUUAGGCUUUGUUAUUAGAAAUGAGGUUGGGGCGAUUAGGCUUUGUGGUGCUAGGUCCAUAGCCGCUGAUCCAUCUAUUUUGGUGGCUGAAGCCUGGGCCCUUAGAGAAGGCAUUAUUGGUGCAAGAACGUUGGGGAUUGACAAGUUAAUUAUUGAAGGGGAUAACCUUAGUGUUAUUCAAGCUAUUAAACGUAUUUGGAAAAUUCCGUGGUCUAUUCAUUCCCUUAUUUUGGAUGCAGGGGAAGACUAA